CGCCGGGACACUGCGGGCAAGGCUUCCCCGGUCCACGGCGGCGGCUUCUACACCCGCGGGGAAACAGCAUCCACCGUGGUAGAGCCGCCGAUGCGUGUCCACUGACCCGGACGGCCAAGCCUGCGCGCGCAGCGGGGCGGCGGCAGACGCCCCGGCCACCGUGACCCCAAUUUUGGAUUUACCGUUCGGGGGGUGGGGGGAGCCUGGAUUUAACUGGCGAGUGCUCUGGGGGACGCCGGACGCCAUGUUGUGGAAAAUAACCGAUAAUGUCAAGUACGAAGAGGACUGCGAGGAUCGCCACGACGCGAGCAGCAAUGGGACCCCGCGCAUCCCCCACCUCUCCUCCGCCGGGCAGCAUCUCUACAGCCCCGCGCCGCCGCUCUCCCACUCCGGGGUCACCGAAUACCAGCCGCCGCCCUACUUCCCGCCUCCUUACCAGCAGCUGGCUUACUCGCAGUCGGCUGACCCCUACUCGCAUCUGGGAGAAGCCUACGCCGCCGCCAUCAACCCCCUGCACCAGCCGGCGCCCACCGGCAGCCAGCAGCAGGCCUGGCCCGGUCGCCAGGGCCAGGAGGGCGCCGGCCUGGCCGCGCACCACGGGCGCCCGGCCGGCCUGCUGCAGCACCUCUCGGGGCUGGACGCGGGUGCCGUCAGCGCGCGCAGAGAUGCCUUCCGCCGCUCCGACCUGCUGCUGCCGCACGCGCACGCCCUGGACGCCGCGGGCCUGGCCGAGAACCUGGGCCUGCACGACAUGGCGCACCCGAUGGAGGAGGUGCAGAAUGUGGAAGACCAGCACCUGCUGUUGCACGACCAGACUGUGAUCCGCAAAGGCCCCAUUUCAAUGACCAAGAACCCCCUGAGCCUGCCCUGCCAGAAGGAGCUGUUGGGGGCUGUGAUGAACCCCAGUGAGGUGUUCUGCUCGGUCCCGGGGAGGCUGUCCCUGCUCAGCUCCACAUCCAAGUACAAGGUGACCGUGGCUGAAGUGCAGAGGCGACUGUCGCCGCCAGAAUGCCUCAAUGCCUCCUUGCUGGGAGGUGUGCUCCGAAGAGCCAAGUCUAAAAAUGGAGGCCGGUCGCUGCGGGAGAAGCUGGACAAGAUCGGGCUGAACCUCCCUGCUGGCCGCCGGAAGGCCGCCCACGUGACUCUACUCACGUCCCUGGUGGAAGGUGAGGCCGUGCACUUGGCUCGGGACUUCGCGUACGUCUGCGAGGCUGAAUUUCCUAGCAAGCCAGUGGCAGAGUAUUUAACCAGACCUCACCUGGGUGGACGCAAUGAGAUGGCUGCCAGGAAGAACAUGCUGUUGGCGGCGCAGCAGGUGUGUAAGGAGUUCACGGACCUUCUCAACCAGGACCGCACGCCCAACGGCAACAACAGGCCCACCCCGGUGCUGGAGAGCAGCAUCCAGAACUGCUUGUCACACUUCAGCCUCAUCACGCACGGCUUUGGCAGCCAGGCCAUCUGCGCCGCCGUGGCCGCCGUCCAGAACUAUAUCAAGGAGGCCCUGAUCGCCAUAGACAAGUCCUACCUGAACCCCGGCGACCAGAGUCCAGCUGACAGUAACAAAGCCCUGGAGAAGAUGGAGAAGCACAGGAAAUAGGACGGGGCUGCAGAUCCGGACCUGAGAGGCCGGUGGCCUGCUCCUCCCUGCCUGCAGGGUGCGGUGGGAGCCCUGGGCCUGCGGGAGAGCCCCUGGCUCGCCUCCUCUCACCCCGCUGUGGGCAGGGCCUCGUGGAAGUCUGGCGGCGGCCUUGACAUACUUCCUUGGUUUCCUCCUGCUGAAGGGGCUCCUGACUUUGGACCUGGGACCAGAAGGCGACACUGGCCGUUCCUUUCUCAUUGAGCGUUCAUGCUCGCUUCAGCAGCACAUGUACUAAAAUGGGAACUCAACGAGCGCUGGUCUUAUUUUUGUCGUUUUUUUAACCCCAUUCUUCCUUUCUCUGAAAGUGGUGCUACAAGUUUUAGAACCGUUUAAAUACAUUCCCCGGGCUAACAAACAAAACAAAACAAAAAACCCGUGCACUUAGCUGUUGUUGUCAGGUGGUGAGUCA